AUAGAAGAGAGAGAUUCUCACCAAAAAAAUCAAAGACGAAGAAAGAAGCUUCUCCUUCUUCACCUUCUCUUCUCUCUCUUUCGCUCUCGCUCGCUCUGCGUUUUAUGCCGUCUUUGACUCACUUUCCUCGAAAUUUAGGUGUAGGGUUUUUCCUCUUGAGCUCGACUUCUAUAAAUUUUUACAUACUGUAGCUCAAUUUCGUUCCAUUAUACUUUUCAUUUUUGACAAUCUUUCAUUGUUUUAGAUAUAGAAUAAUUAUUUUUUAUUGGGGUCUCAAUAAACUUUACCCCAUUGGGUACCUCAAAAAUUAACUUAAUGGGUCUCUGAGAAACCCAAUCGGGUGCCUGAAGCUGUUUGGUUUCUGGGAAAGUAAGUGGCUUUUGCGAAGAAAAUUAGUGGGUCUCAGGUGGAAUUCAAUUUGGAGUGAAAGCUUUUCUGGGUUGUCUCGAUUUGUGCUGUGCUCGUUUGGGGUUGUGAUCUGAGGCUCAAAAUCGUCGCAAACAAAAGCCAUGACGGUGCCAACAAUAGCCCUGUACGCAAGCCCGCCGAGCAGUGUGUGCUCGACGACCCACCCGUGCCAGAUCAAUGCGCAUACCUCAUACGAUUUCGAAUUGAGCUCUCGAUCUGGGUCGUCGACGGCUUCGACGGCCUCCACGUCGCAAAAGCCGGUGACUGGUGGGCUCUCGUGCCUGUUCUCAUCGCCGACGGUGAAGCACGCGUCGUCCUCGUCGAGCUAUUCGGGUGGAGGAGAGGAAUUGGGCUCUCUAUGGCACGACAGGGGCGAAGAAUUGAAGGAAUUGAGUAGCUCGUUUCGAUAUUCUCCGAGCAAGUUCAAUGGGGCUUCGUUGAAUCGGGACCAGAGCCCCAUUUCGGUGUUUCAGGGCCCAGUUUCAUCUUCCAGUAGUGGGGUUUCGAGCUCGGCGAGAAGCCCACCAAUGAGAAUUACACGGGAGAGGUCUAACAAUGGAGAUAUUAGUUUGAAUUCAAUCCGGUGUGGCAGUAAUGGGUUGUUUAAUGGGUUCGUGAGAGGUGCUUUGGGCUCUUCGUGCAUAGAUUACGAUUCGCCGAGUUUUGAGGCUCGUACUGAUGCUUUGGGUGUGGGUUCGUCAGCUGUGGUUCUUGAUGAUUUGACUUUCAAUAUGGAAGAUGGGUUCUUGGAGGGCAUUUCUGAGCCUUAUGCCAAAGAAUUGCUUCUGGGUGCGCAACUGCGCCACAAGAUAUUCUAUGAAGAUUUUAUUAUCAAGGCUUUUUGCGAGGCCGAGAAAGCUCAUAGAGGGCAGAUGCGGGCAAGUGGCGAUCCGUAUUUGCAGCAUUGUGUGGAGACUGCGGUGUUGCUCGCAUUAAUUGGUGCUAAUUCGACAGUUGUUGCUGCAGGGCUUUUGCAUGACACGCUUGAUGAUUCUUUUUUGUGUUAUGACAAUCUAUUUGGGAAGUUUGGAGCAGGGGUUGCUGAUUUAGUGGAAGGGGUGUCUAAGCUAAGUCAUCUUAGCAAGCUUGCCCGGGAUAAUAAUACAGCGAGCAAAACAGUUGAGGCAGAUCGCCUGCAUACCAUGUUCCUUGCCAUGGCAGAUGCCAGAGCUGUCCUCAUUAAAUUGGCGGAUCGAUUACAUAAUAUGGUGACACUGGAUGCAUUACCCUUGGCUAAGCAACAGAGGUUUGCGAAGGAGACUUUGGAGAUUUUUGUACCCUUGGCCAACCGGUUAGGAAUCUCUAGCUGGAAGUUGCAGCUGGAAAAUUUAUGUUUUAAGCAUCUCAACCCAGACCAGCACAAAGAACUGUCCUCUAAGCUUCUAGAUUCGUUUGAUGAUGCAAUGAUUACUUCUGCAACAGAGAGAUUAGAGCGAACUCUCAAGGAUAAAGCCAUUUCCUACCAUGUACUUUGUGGGCGGCAUAAGAGCUUGUAUAGCAUCUACUGCAAAAUGUUAAAAAAGAAGCUAAACAUGGAUGAAAUUCAUGAUAUUCAUGGGCUACGUUUGAUUGUUGAUAAUGAGGAAGAUUGCUACGAAGCACUGAAAGUUGUUCAUCAGCUGUGGUCUGAGGUGCCAGGAAAGUUCAAGGACUACAUAACUCAACCCAAGUUUAAUGGGUAUCAGUCACUGCACACUGUGGUGAUGGGUGAAGGCAUGAUUCCGCUGGAAGUGCAAAUUCGAACAAAGGAGAUGCAUUUACAAGCUGAGUUUGGAUUUGCAGCUCACUGGAGAUACAAGGAAGGUGACUGUAAGCACCCCUCAUUUGUGCUUCAGAUGGUCGAGUGGGCCAGAUGGGUGGUCACUUGGCAGUGUGAGGCAAUGAGCAGAGACCGGUCAUCCAUUGGGUAUGCUGAUUCAAGCAAGCCACCCUGCACGUUUCCUUCACAUUCUGAUGACUGCCCAUAUUCCUACAAACCCCACUGUGGUCAAGAAGGGCCGGUGUUUGUCAUCAUGAUAGAGAAUGAUAAGAUGUCUGUUCAAGAGUUUCCUACAAACUCUACAAUCAUGGAUCUGCUGGAAAGAACUGGGCGAGGGAGCCUGAGAUGGACACCAUACGGGUUCCCGCUGAAGGAAGAACUGAGGCCUAGGCUGAACCAUGCGGCAGUGAGUGAUCCUACAUGCAAGCUGCAGAUGGGGGAUGUGGUGGAGCUGACUCCAGCAAUUCCUGAUAAGUCUUUGACAGAGUACAGGGAAGAGAUUCAGCGCAUGUACGACCGGGGCAUGAGUGUAUCAAGUACAGGGCCUGCUUCUAGUAGUAUGGUGGGUUGGAGAAGUUGACCCCUGCUCGAUUGUCUCUCAUUUAUGGUGUAUCUAGUGACACUUAGUCAUUCUUGUAUAUAAAUCAAAAAAGCAUUUGUAAAGAACAGCUACAUGGUUCUGUUAUUUGAUGACUAACCGAAUUCAACAAGGUGUUAAAACGGUUUAUCUUGGAA